UCAGUCAUCUCUCUGAGCUUACCCCAAAAACAACCAACCAAAAACCCACCCAAGAUGUUCAAAUUCGUUGCUGUCAUCGCCCUCCUGGUUGCCACCGCCAGCGCAGGUCUGAUCGAGACCCACCAUGUGGUGCACGAACCCGUCCUGGCCAAGGUUGGCUCUGUGGUGCACUCGGCUCCCUCGGCGGUGUCCCACCAGAGCAUCACCCAGGUGCACAGCAAGGCGGUGGUGCAGCCCGUGGUUGCCCCCGUCGUGAAGACCACCACCUACACCCAGCCCGCCGUGGCUGUCCAUGCUGCUCCAGUGGUCCACUCCGUGCCCGUUGUCCAUGCCGCUCCAGUCGUCCACUCCGUGCCGGUGGUGCACUCCGCUCCCGUGGUGCACUCUGUGGUCCACUCCGCUCCCCUUAUCAAGUCGGUGGUGCACUCCGCUCCUCUGGCCUACACCCUGCACCAUUAAGAUGCCAAAUGUGAUACAGUAUUUACCAUUUUUUGUUCAAAUAAAUCUUUUUCGUUUUUUCAUAACAAGUUAA